CGCAUGCGCAGAGGCCGCACCGGGGUGCACGGUGGAGUCGGGCGAGCUGAAGAGUCACAGGUUUGAAUCCCUGGAGCUCCGACGCCUCCGGACACGCUGUAGUUUCAUUCGUGUGUCAGCCGCGAGCCAGAGGGGGCACCGUCCACAGAGCACCUGAGCCGAGGAUGAGACGGUGCUGAGCGGCCGCCGAAGAGUUCACCUGCCCGGCUGAGCGGCGUCGGUGCUGCCCGCUCUCCCCCCCGCCGGAGCUCGUCCUCUGCGGCUCUUCUGUCUUUGUGUGGAAGGGCAGUGGGAUAGAAACCGUCCGAUUACCAGGGUGGAAAAUGUCCGAGGUCAACAUCGCAAAGCGCAAGGAGAAGUGUGAGAACUGCACCAAACAGUGCAACAAGAAACAGAGUGAUGAAGGUGCCAACUCGCAGCAGGAGAAGAGCGAUGAAGUCAACGGACAGAUGAAUGAAGGCUCCCAUGUGUUGCUGAGUGCCUGUCUUUCCUGUGACGGCUGCGUCUCAGAGGAGGAGACCCUCAAGAUCUCUCAGCAGAGCCUGGAGGAACUGGAGCGUGCUCUCGCACUAAAUAAGAAGUGUGACGCGUCAAAGCACAAGGUGGUGGCUGCCUCGGUUUGUCCGCAGUCCCUGCCCUUCUUCGCCGCCAAGUUUGGUGUGGACAUCAAUGAAGCUGCCCACAAACUCUGUGGCUUCCUCAAGAGCCUGGGAGUAAAGUACGUGUUUGACACCACUCUGGCGGCAGGCUUCAGCAUCUUAGAGAGCCAGAAGGAGUUCAUUCAGAGGUAUCGCAGGAGGCACCACGAUGCCCAUGCCUUGCCCAUGUUCACCUCCUCCUGCCCAGGGUGGAUCCGUUAUUCAGAGUGUGUCCUGGGAAGUUUGGUCACCCCUCAUAUCUGCACAGCCAGGUCUCCUCAGCAGAUCAUGGGCUGCCUGGUCAAAGACUAUUUCUCCAAACAGCAGCAGAAGCUGAGUCCAGAGAAGGUGUACCACGUCGUGGUGGCUCCCUGCUUCGAUAAGAAGCUGGAGGCCGUCAGAGAGGAGUUCUACAACAGCCUGCUGGAGACCAGAGACGUGGACUGUGUCCUCACCUCAGGGGAGAUCUAUUACCUAAUGGAGAAGAUGAAGGUUUCAGUGGAUGAGCUGGACUCUGUUCCACUGGACCAAGUGCUGGGAGAGGCAGGAGAGGGGGUGCUGGUGAGGCACGAGGGCCGAGGCUCUGAAGGUUUCCUGGAGCAUGUGUUCAAACAUGCCGCCAAAGAGCUCUUUGGUCUGGACGUCCAUGAGAUCACCUACAAGAGCCUUAGGAACCGGGACUUUCAAGAAGUGACCUUGGAGCGAGACGGAGAAAUUCUGCUGCAGUUUGCUGCCAUCUAUGGUUUCAGGAACAUCCAGACCCUGGUUCACCGCAUGAAGAAGGGACGUGUGCCGUACCAGUUGGUGGAGGUGCUGUCCUGUCCAGGAGGGUGCUUGAGCGGUCGCGGUCAAGCAGAGAGCGAUUCAGGGGGACAUGUGGACAAAGCCCUGGUCCAGAUGAUGGAGGACACCUACAGCAGCCUGCCGGUGCGUCUCCCCGAGGUCAACCCCACCCUGUACACCCUGUAUCAAGAAUGGCUGCAGGGCCAGGACUCCUCACAGGCCAACACGCUGCUGCACACCCAGUACAGAAACCACACUCAGACGCACACACAGCCACCACACAUGCAGUGGUGAGAACGAUGGACGCGAUUUAUGAAGGAGGUUGAAUGACGGCCGCCUCCGCAGGGUUACCGAUUCUACUUGGACCAUCCCAAAGCCGUUGACAACGCUGCACUAUGGACCAGUGAGGGAGAGGGAAGUCUCUGUGGAUGUAAUUCUUCCAUUUGGCCACAAGGGUGUGAUGGUGGAUCCCCUGUAUUAAGCUUGAGCCUGUGGAGAAAUCAGGGUCCAGAAACACACAAACUUUCAUUUCAUGUAAACUGUAGCGGCGAUCUCAAUAAGCUGUUGAGAUAAUGGCUGAGGAUAAGAAAUAUUAUAUAAAACCGGCACCUGAUGUGAGGGAUGAACUAUUUAUUCAAACACACAAAGCAAUAAGCCACUGCGAAAAACAUGUAAGAAGCUUUUAGCACAACUGGAGCUCAUGACCUGAACUUGUGGAUAGUGAAUGUGCAUUUGAAGAGUCUAAUGAUCCAAAUCCUAAACGUCCAACAUGAAACAUGCUUGUUUUACUUUGUGUUAAAGUCGUCGUCACUGUCCCUCACUGAAACACAACACAGCGUGUUCUCAGACACAUUGAUCGCUAUGCAACAGCGUGAUCGUCUCAUGCCAACACAGUAUCUGGUUUGUACCAGUGAAGGGAGUGUAAUUACUUUUUAAUGGUACAAGAAAAUGUCAUUUGUAUUGUCAUUUUGUUCCCAUUCCACUAACUAUUAUUUUUGCUAUCUGUUCUUUGUUUUACGAGAUCAAACUGUCGGGUCAUACAGGUGAAGAACUAAAAAAAUAAUCAAGAGAAACAAAAA